UCCAAAAAAUCCAAAUAUUUUUAAAUUUACUCUUUCCUUCUGAAUUAAAUUUUCCUAAAAUGACAAAUGAGAAAUAUUUUUCCAUUGAUGAGGUUAAUUUGCAUAAAUAUCCAGAUGAUAUUUGGCUAAUUAAAGAUGGAAAGGUUUAUAAUUUAACUUGUUAUUAUAAAUGUGAUGCUAUGCUUAAAUAUGCGGGGAAAGAUAUAAGCAUUGCAAUAAAUAAUGUUGUGGCACACGGAUUUUCUCGAGAAUUUAUUGAAAAUAAACUAAAUGAGCUUUAUAUUGGAAAAAUAAAAUAA